AUUCAGAUUCUGUGCCCAAAAUAUCCACAAUACGCAAACGCAACUUCUCACUAACUACCCAAAUAACUCACUUGACAACAAGCGCAAAGUCUGAACCCAAGUACUUCCAUUGAAUUACCUAAAAUAUCAUAUUUUGAAAUCCAAUAUCAGAUUUUUCUGUUGAAACUGAGCUUCAAAUCAUGUCAGCUUUUACAUCAACAGCUCUACAAUAUUCAUCCACAUCAUAUUUACAAUCAUGGGCACCUUAUUUAGAAGGUACACGUGAUCAUAAUUCACGGUGUGUCAGAGUGAGAUCAUACAAACCUACUUCUCAGAUAUUACACCAACAGAACGUUGCAAGGGGGCUAACAAUCCAGAACACAGCCACAAAGCCAGCGAAAUCACCAGCUGAAGAAGAAUGGAAGGUUAAGCGAGAAUUACUGCUGAAAAAAAGGGUAAAAAGUGUGGAAGCAAAAGAAGCUCUGCGCCUUCAGAAAGAAAAUAAUUUUGUGAUUCUUGAUGUAAGGCCAGAAGCAGAGUUCAAGGAGGCUCAUCCCCCAGAUGCGAUUAAUGUUCAAGUAUACAGGCUUAUAAAAGAGUGGACAGCCUGGGACAUUGCCAGACGUGCUGCAUUUGCAUUUUUUGGUAUUUUCUCUGGCACAGAAGAGAACCCCGAGUUUAUCAAAUCUGUUGAGGCAAAACUAGAUAAAAAUGCAAAGAUAAUAGUAGCUUGCUCAGCAGGAGGAACAAUGAAACCAACACAAAAUCUGCCAGAAGGUCAACAAUCUAGGUCUCUAAUAGCAGCUUACUUGCUGGUCCUUAAUGGUUACAACAAUGUCUUCCAUCUAGAAGGCGGGCUUUACUCGUGGUUUAAAGAGGAUCUACCAAGUGUUUCAGAGGAGGAGUGAACGAAUGAAUCUAUUGCUAAUAUUCUGCAUGCAGAGAAGCCUGGACCUAGUUUUGACCAUAAUGAGGAUGCUGAUAAAUGCAUACAAGGGAAAGAUCAGAACAGAUGAAUUGAAAUGUAAUCAUUGAACUGGUGUAAAAAUUUAGUAUGAGAGAAAAUGUCAAGUUACAUUCUCUAAAGAUUUCCUCCACAGCUUUAACAUGAAAGCGUGUAUUUCAGCAUCAUAUUAUCACA